AGUCUACACCUCCAGAGACAUUCGUGCGCGCGCGCCGAUCAAAACGCACGCGUCACGUUGAAUUAUCUUCAAAAAUACGCGCGAUGUUACAUGUCAAGUGUUGUGUAUUGUGAUAGAUCAUUAGUUGUAAGUGACUGAUUGACAUUAUUAUAUUCUGUGCGAUUCUGACACUCGGGAUCUGUGGUUUGACACUUUUUUUGACAUACUGAGUGAAGUGAGUGUGGAUUUUUUGUACACGAUCACCAAAGAUUAAGAUGAACCAAAAGUGUAAAGUGUGCGGGGAGCCUGCAGCAGGAUUCCACUUCGGCGCGUUUACGUGUGAAGGGUGCAAGUCGUUCUUCGGGCGAUCGUACAACAACCUGAACUCAAUUACGGAAUGCAAGAACAAUGGAGAGUGCGUGAUCAACAAGAAGAACAGGACCGCCUGCAAAGCGUGUCGACUGCGGAAGUGCCUCAUGGUGGGCAUGUCCAAGUCUGGCUCGCGCUACGGCCGUCGCUCCAACUGGUUCAAGAUCCACUGCCUCUUGCAAGAGCAACAACAAGCGGCGCAGACACAAUCCCCACCCAGGGUGCCCCCAUCCCCUCAUCACAUGGCACCACCCUUCCCCCCACAUCUGUUCCCGGGCUUAGCGAGACCUAGGACAAAAGAAGAACUCGCCUUACUCGGCUUAGAUGACUACAAACCUUGCUCAGGCUCUCCAGACUCUCAUCGCAGCGACUCAUCUCCAAAACUGGACGAGAAAUCUCGCAUCACACAGUCCAGACCACCAGAUAGACCUCUCACUCCGCCGAGAGACUUUGUCCAUUUGCCUCUAGCCAAUAUAUCCUUGCCCCAUUUUCCACAUUCACCAUUUCUACCACCGCCACCAUUCAGUCCGUUUGCGACUAGCCAUCCUCUGCUGUUUCCACCUGGCUUCCACCCGAUGUACUCCAGACAAUUACUAGAUCACGCAGCAUUACGACAAGCUGCUGAAAAUAAUAAUGAUGUGAGAAUCGACGACCACAACACGGAGUCAUCGAAACGGUUCUUCUUGGAUGAGAUUUUAAAGCAACAAAGAUCAUCGCAACCGCCACAAGAAGAUGUCAUAUCUGAAGCCGAGUUUGUGCCGACACCGCCAGCAGAGAGGAGAACCUCAGAAUCACCGUUACAAGAGAAUCCAAUGGACUUGUCCGUGAAAUCUGACGGAAGGUCGAGUUCAGCCCGGCGGCGGUCCGACGACAGUGAAGUUAUAGCGCCAGAUAAUGACGAUCCGGAGUCAGCGAGCGACCGCGCGUCAGCCAGUGAGGACGAGGACGUGUCCUACUCACAAAUAAAGAGGAUCAAGCUCCACCCCCUCGAUCUAACGACCAAAGUGUGACGUGAUCGUCCUAAAUGCAACUGAGAUGGCCAGUAAUCGGAUUGUGAUUAACUAAAUAGGACGAAAUACGUCGCGUUUGGCGCAUUGUUAUCAAAUAAAGAGUCUAUCCAAAUACAUAAUAUAAGUAGAUUAGUGUAUUGGUUUAUACCCGGUUGAUGGAUGUACAAAUUGUGUGUAAAUAUUAAAUUAUUGUAAUCUAAGAUUUAGGUUUAGUUAGUCGGUUUAUUGAGAAUGGCAGCCGGGUGCAACAUUCCGUAUAACGAAAUUAUAGCGUAUUCGAAUAUAAUUUAUUCCUUAGUAGAAUUGAAUGUGUUUGAUUUAACCAGUGUAUUUCGGGUGCAUUGUUUUUGUUUCUUUUUUUGUAUUUUUUGUUUGUUUGUUAAGCUGAGUCAUAGACGCAAUAUUAAAGUAUCAGUACUUAAGUAUUUACGCGGGACGCGUACUUUUCUAUAUGUAUAGAGAAAAUAUACAUUCAUAUUGUAUCGUAAACGUUACGAUUAUAUUGAUAUUCGUAUGGAACUGGAACUGACGUCCAGCUGUUUAUUUUGUAAAUUCAUGACAAUUUUGUAUGUUAGUUAAUGAAUAUACUCGAUUGACUGUAUUCCUAUAUAUUUGCUCAAGGCCUUAUAUUCCUUGUACUCAUUGUGAUAUAGACUCACACAUACUCAGUAAUUGUAUUUUUGGAUGAUGUUUUUGUAAAUAAUGUAUUGUAGUUAGAACGUUUUAAAUGCAUUCCACGGAGACGUACAAAAUAAAAUAUUCAUGCACUCGA